UAGUUAUUUUGCUAGGGCGGGUAAAACUUGUAUGGUUGAUUGUGCUUAAUUUGAGGAUUAUGUUGAUUGAUUGUUGAGAUUAAAGUGAUUAAUGGAAAUUGUGCAUAUGUGUAAUUCAAUAGGCCUUAAGUAUUAUGCUAGAUUGCAUUGUACACUAGUAGAAAAAUAGAAAUGCGCAUCGAGUUAUUGGCACCGGUUCUUAAAAACUGGUGGGAAAAAAAUUAGACGGAAUGUAGUAUACUACGUAAUAGAAAUGGCACCAUUUCAAACCAAACCGGUGCCAAAUUAGUGAAAUGGCAUCGGUUUGAACCGGUAGGAAUAAAAUAAAAAAAAAAAAAAAAAAAACCGCCCGUCUUAUUUUUUUUCUCUUUCCCGUCUUAUUUCUUUCUUUCUCUUUCCUUGUCGUCCUCUCUCUCUCCUCUCCCCUCUCUGUUUAGAUCUUCAGACCACUACUCUCUCUUUGCUACUCCACUGCCGUCACGCCACCGCGCCGUUGCCGCGCCACUCUCUCUUUUAUUCUUAUCUCUCCUAAUUCCCAGACCUUUCUUUCUUUCACUAUCUUUCUUUGCGAAUGCUGUCGGUGGUGACGGUUCUCGCACCAUCGUAAUUGAGGGUCUAUUUCUUCAGUGGCGCCGAAUCUUUGCAAUUGUGGUGAAUCUCUUCACGAGAUUCAUGGAUGAGGGAGAAGAAGACUUGCCUAGGGAUGCGAAAAUUAUUAAGUCAUUGUUAAAAUUUAUGGGUGUUGAGGAGCAUGAGCCCCGUGUUGUGCACCAGUUUCUGGAUUUGUGGUACGGGUAUGUUGUUGAUGUCUUAACGGAUGCACAGGUUUACUAUGAACAUGCCGGCAAAACCUCAAUUGACUGCGAUGAUGUUAAGCUUACUAUCCAAUCAAAAGUGAAUUUCAGCUUCUCACAACCCCCACCCCGGGAGAUAUUCAGUAACAGAAGUUUCUAUUUUGGACUUCAUGUGUUAGCUGCUUCAUUGUAUUUCUCUUUCUUGGUGUGGUCAUUCAGCAUUCAAGCAACAACAGAGUUGCAUUGAAGUGCACCUUCACAUUUGUAAUAUUGGGUGCAUUAGUGUACUUAAUUCUCCCAUUUUUGCUGCCUCGCCAAGGCUGCUGCUGCCUCGCAUGGCUCCCUUCUACUGCUGCUGCCUCGCCGUGUUGUGUUACACUGGUGUGACUUUGUAUUUAACAGUGACUUGUAUUUUAUUUUAUUUUUUUGGAACAAAAUUGUAAUAUUAAAACCUUUUUAAAUGAAAAUAUG